AUGGCUUCAAAAGUGCGAGGCCGCGCCGGCUGCGUGGGACCGACCCGAGCGCCCGGACUGGAUGCCGGUGGCAGCUUUGCUUUUCCCCAGUCGGUCCCGUUUCUCCGGCUUCCCUUUUUUUUUUUUUUUUUUUUUUUUUUUUUUUUUCCUCCCUUUCUUCUCUUUUCCCCCCUCGGCCCACCCCCAGCCUGGCUGCCCCUGUCCUUGUGCCCUUCUGCCCCGGCUCUCCUCCUGUCCCCGUCGCCUCGUCCCGCCGCUCUUCCCCUUCCCCACCCAGCCCGCCCCGCUCCCUCCCUCCUUUCCUCCACCUUCCUCCCUCCGCGCGGCCCCGCGCUCGCUUUCUGCGGCCGCGAUGUGCGCUUUAUUUCUCGGGCUUUAAUUUCCUGCCAGGUGGGUCCCUGCCGCCCACCCCGGCGCGCAGCGGUGCCGGCCGGAGCGGCGGCGGCUCGGGGAUGGUUGGGCGGGGGGGCGGGGAGGGGGAGGGGUGUCGGAGGCGAGGAGGGGUGGCGAUGUUUGGGAUGCACAGCCCUGGGACGGGAGCGCCGCGCAGCCAGACAGGCAGGCACGCACACACGCGCGCGCACACACACCAAAUCCGAAAGCGAGGACAACCCCAAAAAGGACUCACUUUGCCUCGAUGACUCAACGCAACUAAUAAUCGUUUCUCCGCUCUCUGUGGCGAGUCCCUCCUGCCGCUGCUGUUGCUGGCAGAGGAGGGAGAGAUUGAAAGUGACACAUCGGGGGCCGCCGCCGCCGCUUCCCCGCGCCGCCAGGCACCCGCCGCCGCCGCGGAGCCCGAGAGAGCGGCCUCUGGGGGAGCGGCGCUGCCUCCUGCCCCCGUCUCCCCCGGUAGCGCUUUUCUUUGCCGAAGGUGUGAGGAGCCGUCUUCCUCUCCCCCUCUCCUCCGCACCGGAGCCGGCGGUCCCCCGCCCCCUCGCCCCUGCCCGCUCCUCUCCGCUCCGCUCCGCUCCGCCAGGCUCCGCUCGCCACCGGGACCCUCCGGGAAGGGGCGCCGGCCCCUGCCGCCUCGGCACCCCGGGACGAGGGCAAGCAGGGGGCUGGGGGUGGGGAAAGGACUAGGAGGGAAGCAAGCGGCGCGAGAGGAGGCACCGAGAAAACUUUCCACCCUGGAUUCUCUACUUUUGAUCCAUGGACAGAGCCCAACUCAGCCAACUUACAGACAGGCUCUAA